CCAGCUGUUGUUUCCGCCACAACCAAAUGAGCUGGCACAACAGCAUUACCAGCCGCGCAUGCGGAGUCUCCUCCCGCCUUCACCUUCAAGACUUCGCAGUCAAAUUUACUCAACUUUUCAAUAUGCACUGACCCUCCGUUUAGUUUCAGUUCAACAAUGCUGAGAUUUCUCCGAUCCCGGCGACGCUUCCCUUAUGGAUCCUACCUCCGUUUCGCUGUCCCUUCCCUUAUUCUGCUUCUUCUCUCCGUCCCCUUCCUUCACUCUCUCCUCUCUCGCUCUCUGCCUCACCCUCACAUCCUCCACGAGCCCUUUCAUGAAGACGAAGGCGAUUCUUGGACUGGAAAAAUCGAGGAUGCCAUCGACGAAAUUGAUAUUAUUGAUGAGAAUCACCAUCAAAGACAAAAAGAACCAGCUGAUUUGGGAGACGGGUAUGCGGGGUCUAAUAGUCGGAUCAAGGGUUCUGGGUAUUUCUUUGAUCACGUAACUGGGUGUAUAAGGAGGGGUUUUAAUAAGCGCUCGAUUGAGGAAUGGGAUGAUAAUGGUGCUGGAUUUCUUGCCGGAUCCGGGAUGGAGGAGGAUCGGAGUAAGGCUGCGUUUGCUUCCGAUGAUACGCCGGUGGACGAGCACGUGAGGAGGAAAGCAGCACAGGUGAUAGGAAUUGAGGAUGCACUGUUGUUGAAAUUGGGAACGAGAGUCUCACCCUUGAGAGAAGGAUGGGGUGAUUGGUUCGAGAAAAAGGGCGAAUUUUUUAAGAAGAAUAAGAUGUUCAAGUCGAAUUGGGCUGCUCUGGACCCGAUGAAUAAUCUGAUGCUUCAAGAUCCUGAUGGUGUCAGCUUGACCAGGUUUACAGAGGGUGACCGAAAUUUACAGAAUUGGUGGAUGAAUGAGUUUAAUAGAACCCCAUUUCUCGGUCAGAAGACGUUGGACAGAUCCAAGGAGACCCGUGAUUCAGACUUGCAAGAAAAUGAUAAUGAGGCCGUAAAUUACAAUGCUAGUGCUUGCAAUUGCAAGACUAGGAGCAAUAGAGAGUCAAGAAGUGAGACUAAAGGAACAGAGCGUAGAACUUUAAACGACGAUGUGAGAAAUGGAGCAGAUAAUGUAGCUGCUUUCAAGAGUGACGGGGACUCAAGGAGUGAGGUUGAAGGAGCGGAACGUUGGAAUUUAAAUGAAAAUGUUGGCGAAGGUUCUACUGAAAAGGAUUUGAAUUCUGGCAUACGGAAGUAUGCGGGCAGUGAGGAACAAGACAGUGAGACAGGACAAGACAACAAUGCAGCUCAUGUUGGCAAACUGGACCGGUCAAGUGGCUCUAAGGAUGUUGCCUCUGAGAUUCAGAGGAGGCCUGAGUUUCUUAAUCAUAUAUAUGCAGAUGGUAAGAGGUGGGGAUACUAUCCUGGGUUGCCUUCACAUUUAACAUUUUCAGAAUUUAUGGAUGCCUUUUUCAGGAUGGGCAAAUGUGAUAUGAGGGUGUUUAUGGUGUGGAAUUCACCACCUUGGAUGUAUAGUGUUCGGCAUCAACGUGGGCUUGAGAGUUUACUCUACCACCAUCGAGACGUCUGUGUUAUUGUGUUCUCAGAGACAAUUGAGCUUGACUUCUUUAAAUAUAACUUCGUAAAUGAUGGCUAUAAAGUUGCUGUUGCUAUGCCAAAUCUUGAUGAACUGCUGAAGGAUACCCCAACCCAGAUUUUUGCUUCCAUCUGGUUUGAAUGGAGACAGAUAAAUUUCUAUUCUACUCAUUACAGUGAGCUUAUCCGUCUUGCAGCUCUGUACAAGUACGGUGGGAUCUAUCUGGAUUCAGAUAUCAUAGUAUUGAAACCAAUCUCUUCCCUUAAUAAUUCUGUUGGUAUGGAGGAUCACAUUGCUGGAAGUGCUUUGAAUGGUGCUGUGAUGGCCUUUAGAAGGCACAGUCUCUUCAUAAAGGAGUGCUUGAGAGAGUUCUAUUUAACGUAUGAUGAUACCAAUUUGAGAUGGAAUGGUGCUGAUCUUUUGACAAGGGUUGCAAGAAAUUUUUUGAAAGGAAGAAAUAAAUAUGUUAAGCAGAUGGAGUUGCAAGAGCAACCCUCAUACAUGUUCUUCCCAAUUAGUUCUCAGAACAUCACAAGAUUCUUUAUGGCACCGACAUCGGGGACAGAAAAAGCUCAGCAAGAUUCUCUGUUCAGAAAAAUUUUUCACGAGUCAUUGACAUUUCAUUUCUGGAACAGCUUGACAUCUGCUCUGGUCCCAGAACCAGAAAGCCUUGUGGCUAGGCUUAUCAACUAUUACUGUAUCCGAUGUAUGGAAUUGCUAUAAAUUUCACCAGAAACCUGCCAUGUGUCCUGAUUUUGGUCCAAGUUCUGAUCGCACAUGCAUCAUCUGACCUUGAGAAAUCUCUGAAUUUUUCACUAUCAAGCAAGGAUUAUAAUCCUUGGAGCCAUAUUACAGGUCUUAGACUUCUAGUUGAGAAAUCGGAGCUGUUCCUCAUUCAUAUACUCACACAGUUUUGUUGUCAUGAAACACAAAGUGGGACUCUCAAACUGAGAAAGCUACAACUUACAAUUUUUACAGAGCAUGCAUCAAAGCUGCAUGGUUGGUUUAUAAUUUGCCUGUAUAGUUGAACGGAGACAUGUAUAUUAGAUAACUGUAAAUAUCAUAUUACGUGUGAAAGAGACAAUCUUGUCUACACUUCAGCAUGUAUGCAUAUUGAAUGUACAAUGAUGAGAAAGUUUUAGGUAAAUGUAUUUUACAUCAAAUUCAAUAAGAAAUUGAUAGGGGUUCACCCGGUAAAUAUUUUAAAA